AUGAAUAAGGUAUUUUUGUGGGCCCUGUUAGUUAUCUAUUUGUGGCCGCUCCCAUCGCGGAGCAAGGUUUACAAAUACCCCAUCAAUCGAUUUUCCGAGAAGUGGAGACGUUGGUGGCCGGGUAAGGGGUCGAACACGGGUGACAACUUCGGUGGCUGGCUGUUCUAUGUGUCCCACGCCCAAGAAGGUAUAAUCUGCGGAGCAUCCUACUACAGUCCGCUUCUGAUGAUUGCCUCAGGGAGCUGCAUCAAUCCGUAUCGCUAUGAUAUGGAGGGGACCGGUGUCGUGCCCACCUUCAACGACGAAAACGUCGAGGGAUUGAUCGACACAGUGUACACCCAUCCGAAGUACAGAUACAGCAAGCUAUAUAUGGACAUUGCCCUGAUCCGGCUGCAAGAUCCCGUCAGGGGCAAGACGACCGAGUUCAUAAAGCUCUGCAACAAGACCAUCAAGCCGGGAAUGCAGAUGACGUCCUACGGCUGGGGCUUUGACAGCAUGGAACUUAAGAUGAGCUUGGACUUAAAGAAUGGUUCGGUCCCCGUCGAGGACAUCAAGUCGUGUGGCAAGAAGUUCGUGAAUAUGGGCAUCCGGCUCUCAAGCACCUCCUUCUGUGUGACCCAUCCCAGUGAUCCCAGGAAGUGCCGCUACGACGGAGGAUGCCCUCUCACCUACGGCAACGAACUCUGCGGCGUGGUCUCCUUCGGGCCACUCUGCAAGUACACCAAUCAGCCGGGGAUCUACACGGACAUCAACAAGGUUACCAAGUACAUCGAGCAGGUUGAGGCGGACAGCGGAACUAAGCAGAUGUCAUGGCAAUUCUCCUCGCCCUACCACGUGGAUCUGGAACCAGUAAAGCUCUUAGUUCGGAAUGAAAGAGUCAUGACUAAGGUCUUGCUUUGGGCAUUGUUGGCCAUCGUACUGUGGCCCCUACCAUCGAGGUGCAAGAUGUACAGAUACAACAUCACCCGACUGUCCAAGAAGAACAUCCGUUGGUGGGGAGGACCUGAGUCGAACACGGGCAAAAACUUCGGCGGCUGGCUGUUCCGGGUGACCCAUCCCGACCAAGUAAGCCUCUGCGGAGCGUCCUACUACAGUCCGCUCCUGAUGAUUGUCUCCGCGACCUGCAUCCACCCGUUUCGCUAUGAUAUGGAGGGGACUAGUGUCGAGCCCACCUUCACCGACGCCAACGUCUACGGACUGGUCGACAAUGUGCACAUCCCCCCGCGAUACAUAUUCCACAGGUUAUAUAUGGACGUUGCCCUGAUCCGGCUGCAAGAUCCCGUCAGGGGCAGAACGACCGAGUUCAUAAAGCUAUGCAACAAGACCAUCAAGACCGGCAUGGUGAUGACGGUCUACGGCUGGGGCUUCGACUCCAUGGAAACAUCACCGAAGGACUUGAACUUAAAGAGUGCCACUGUGCCCGUCGAGAGCAUCAAGUCGUGCCGCAAGAAGUACAAGGAUUCCGACAUCCGGCUCUCGAGCACCUCCUUCUGUGUGACCCAUCCGGUGGAUCCGAGGAAGUGCCUCUAUGACGGAGGAUCCCCCCUCACCUAUGGCAACGAACUGUGCGGCGUGGUCUCCUUCGGACCAAUUUGCAGCAACACCAAGCAGCCGGGGAUCUAUACGGAUAUUAACAAAAUGGUCGAUUAUAUCGAGAAAAUCGAGAGGGAAAUCGAUUUGGGCUUACUAAGGUUCAAGCCCCCUCAGACGAUCGAGUGCGUAAGUGCCCAAAGUCUUUCUCCUCUGGGAACUUUCCGCGAGCAACUGGCCCUUAUUUGGAAUCGGUUUGGUAAUGAGCGCAUUUUUGCUAAUUGA